UAGUACAGAAGAAAUGUUUAUCUCAAACCAUAUACGUUCUUGUUUAGUACAGAAGAAAUAUUUCUCUCAAACCAUUAUAUACGUUCUUGUUUAGUACAGAAAAAAUAUUUCUCUCAAACCAUAAUAUACGUUCUCGUUUAGUACAGAAGAAAUAUUUAUCUCAAACCAUUAUAUACGUUCUUGUUUAGUACAGAAAAAAUAUUUCUCUCAAACCAUUAUAUACGUUCUCGUUUAGUACAGAAGAAAUAUUUAUCUCAAACCAUCAUAUACGUUCUUGUUUAGUACAGAAGAAAUAUUUCUCUCAAACCAUUAUAUACGUUCUUGUUUAGUACAGAAGAAAUGUUUUUCUCAAACCAUUAUAUACGUUCUCGUUUAGUACUGAAGAAAUAUUUCUCUCAAACCAUUAUAUACGUUCUCGUUUAGUACAGAAAAAAUAUUUCUCUCAAACCAUUUUAUACGUUCUCGUUUAGUACAGAAUAAAUGUUUCUCUCAAACCAACUAUGCAUUCUCUUCUUGUGAAGUUUUAAGUUCAGAAGAAAUUUUUUUCUUAAACCAAUCUAUAAGUUCUCGUUUAGUACAGAAGAAUUUUUCUCUCAAACCAUUAUAUACGUUUUCGUUUAGUACAAAAGAAAUGCGUCUCUCAAACAACUAUACAUUCUCUUCGUGAAUUGUUUUCAGUACAGAAGAAAUAUUUCUCUCAAACCAUUAUACGUUCUCGUUUAGUACAGAAGAAAAGCUUAUCUCAAACCAUUAUGCACGUUCUCGUUUAGUACAGAAGAAAUAUUUCUCUCAAACCAUUAUAUACGUUCUCGUUUAGUACAGAAGAAAUAUUUUUCUCAAACCAUUAUAUACGUUCCCGUUUAGUACAGAAGAAAUAUUUCUCUCAAACCAUUAUAUACCUUCUUGUUUAGUACAAAAGAAAUAUUUCUCUCAAACCAUUAUAUACCUUCUCGUUUAGUACAAAAGAAAUAUUUCUCUCAUACCAUAAUAUACGUUCUCGUUUAGUACAAUGUUUCUCUCAGUGCAAGUUUUAAGGAUAAGAGAAAUAUUUCUCUUAAACCAUAAAAUGCUUUCUCUUUUUGUAAAGUUUUUAUAACAGGAGCAAAUUUUCUCUCAACCUAUCAUAUACUAUCUCUCUUUGUGUAGUUUUUAGCACUGGAGAAAUAUUUCUCUCAAACCAUCUUAUAGGUCUCUUUUCGUAUAGAAUUUGUAGUAUAGGAGAUAUUUUGUUACGUUCUCUCCAGGGAUAGUUUGUAGUACGGGAGAACCUUUCCUCUCAAACCAUCCUAUGCGUUCUCUCCAGGGAUAGUUUGUAGUACAGGAGAACCUCUCAACUCAAACCAUCCUAUCUGUCCUCUCCUGGGAUAGUUUGUAGUACAGGAGAACAUUUCCUCUCAAACCAUCUUAUACGUUCUCUCCAGGGAUAGUUUGUAGUACAGGAGAACCUCUUAACUCAAACCAUCCUAUACGUUCUCUCCAGGGAUAUUUUGUAGCACAGGAGAACCUUCCCACUCAAACCAUCCUAUACGUUCUCUCCAGGGAUAGUUUGUAGUACAGGAGAACCUUUCCUCUCAAACCAUCCUAUAAGUUCUCUCCAGGGAUAGUUUUGUAGUACAGGAGAACCUUUCACUCAAACCAUCCUUUACGUUCUCUCAAUCAGGGAUAGUUUGUAGUACAGGAGAACCGUUCCUCUCAAACCACCCUAUACGUUUUCUCCAGGGAGAGUUUGUAGUACAGGAGAACCUUACGUCCUCACCAUGUACAGCAUUUAAGACAGUAUUGCCUUUUUGAAUAAAACAAUUCUCAUACGAUCUCAAGGAGGUUAAAGUUUAGAGCGCUUGUCUUCUAUAUAAUUAUUUAUAUAUUUGUAUGUUAACUAUAGCUGGUCAAACGUCUGAAGCAAUUUGGCUUAAUUUCUUUAUUAAACCCAUGGAUACCCUGGGGGUAACAUAGCCUAAAAAAACAGAUUUUUUUCAAGAUGGAAAUAAUUUUCAAAAUUUUUAAAUUCCACGGGUAACGCCGGGCAUUUGAGGUGAUGUUUAUUGAAUUGCAUUGUAUGCCAUUUAUGGCAUCAAUCACUAGAAUUACUAUUUUAUGUAAAUUUUGUAAACUUAUGUUUAAGUUUGUUUAUGUAAAUACAAUCUAUAUUAUUAUAAUUUUCCAUAUUUGUCCUCUCUCUUGUUCCUUCCUACAUCUAAUCUAAUUACAGUCUAAUACAACCUAGAUCCCCAGCGGGGAAAAAUGAACCAGAGUUUGCUGAGUUGGGACGGAGAAGGGAGAGGGAUUGAGGAUAGUGUGAACCAGAGCUGGGACGGAGAAGGAAGAGAUGGAGAGAAGAUAAACCAUGAUGAGGAGAUCGUAGCUAUGGUCCUUCUUGAGAUGUUUCUCUCAUUUUCAGGGAUACUCUCCAACUUGCUGGUUGUUACAACAGUUCGACAUCAUGAUCAGCUGAUGAGCUCAACAGUUAAUCUUCUCUUACUAAACCUUUGCUUCUCAAACCUUCUCAUCUCAUUCCUCGUCAAACCAAUAUCCGCCAUUUACGGCGGAUACUCAAUUUCAACAGGCAGUUGGCAGGUUAGUCUUGUAUUCUGUUCCUUGUACACCCUGAUAUACAGAGUAACCUUGUGCAUCCUACCCUUCACCAUCAUAUCCCUGUCAUCCUUACAUCUACUACCAACCCAUCUACAGGGUUUAUCUGUACCAGUGGUUGAAACUCCUCCCCCCUCUCCUCCUAGUUCUCUAUUCAGAAAUUCUCCCCGGUCGUCCACUCCUUCUCCGUACUAUCCAGGGUUGAGUCCUGAACCUGCUCCACCCUCUCCACAAACCAAGAGAAGACUUGCUGAACUCAGUGAUGAUCUGACCUUAAAGCAAAAGUUGUGUAUUCUGGGUAUAUGGAUAUUUUCUGCAUUCUACGGUAUAGCUACAUGCUUUCCGGAAAAGAUAUUUGGAGUGGAACUACUCAGAGAUACUCAGAUAGAAGAGGAGGUGGGAAGUGCCAAGGCCGAAGAGAUGACUGUUUGUAACAUAAAGUCCGGGCUCAAUGAUUUUCUAGAUUAUAUAUCACUAGUCGUCUGUCUCGUCCUUCCAACUAUUCUUGGUCCUUUCCUUCUACUCGUCCUCUCUCCAUUUUUCGUCUUUCAGAAGGCCCGCGGUGUUCCAUCCCUCCGUCUCUUGAUCUGGUUGAGCCUGAUCUACAUCAUCUCAUACUCCUUCCACCUCGUCAUCUCGGAGUCCCUGGAGGUCCACGGGUUCGUGUUCCUCGUGUUGAAGAACCUGGUCGGAUUCUUGUUCCUGGUUGCUGCUCCGAUCAUCAUUAUCAUACUGCAGGAUGAUAUCAGGGGAGGUUUACGGCCCUUGUUCCAGAGUAAGAUAAUUUGUCCUCCUGAUGAAAAUCAAGAAGAUCAAGCAUGCUGACCUUCUGGAGAUCCAUGAAUAUCAAGAAAAUCAAGUAUGCCGACCUUCAGGAGAUCCAUGAAUAUCAAGAAGAUCAAGUAUGCCGACCUUCAGGAGAUCCAUGAAUAUCAAGAUGAUCAAGUAUGCCGACCUUCAGGAGAUCCAUGAAUAUCAAGAUGAUCAAGAAUGCCGACCUUCAGGAAUCCAUUAAUAUUAAGAUGAUCAAGAAUGCCGACCUUCAAAAGAUCCUUGAAUAUUAAGAAGAUCAAGGAUUCUAACCUUUAAAAGAUCCUUGAAUAAUAAGAAGAUCAAGAAUGUAGACCAGCGUAAGAUUCUUGAAAAGUAAAACAUAUUCUGUAGAAACCAGAUAACCUCCCUAAUAAGGAACUGAAUACUUGCAUCUAACUCGAAUUAAUUUUUUCUCGCAACCAGAUAUUUUUGAAAACCUGCUGGAUUAAAUAAUCAAAAUAAAAGGUUUGCAUCAUCCUAUUGCAAAGAUUUAGAGUUUUAGACGAGUUGUCAAUUUCUUAGCAUUUGCAGGUCAAAAAAGAUUUUAUCAAUCGUCUUUUUUUGUGAUUUUAAAUUGAAAAAAUAACUAACGAAUUAUCCGCAAGUACCUUCAAUUUCCCACUUUUUCCCCUUUAUAGUAAUAGUAGGAAUGUUAUAAAAAAUAUUCCGCUAAAUCUGUAUUCUAUGUUUGUCAAAUUCCAGCCAAAAACAUAACAAUUCAUCCAAAUCUUUCAAUGUUAACUGUUAAUCUUUCAAAGAUCAGCUUUCAUCGUUGUAAAUAUAUGUUGCUAAUUUCAAACCUUAAAAUUUAUCCGCCCCCCCCCAAAAAAAAAAUAAUGAGGUGUCCACCGUGCAUAACUCACUGUCCUAGUCGUAGCGCUCGGCCGAUAAAUCUUCCCAAACCGACAUAACUCUAGAUAUCUGUAAAUGUUACUGCUGAUUUUAUCAUUAUAGGUGAUUCUAGUUUGGCAAACGCAUUUUUAGGAUGCUGGGUGUAACUGGGGGGUGGAAGUUUUUAUUUCCAGAAUCAGCUUUUUUCUCAUUUUUUGUCAGUUAUUACUUAAUUUAUAUUGCAGAGAUUUGCAGAGAUGAUAUUUUAAAAGCUUAAACCCGGGUAAAACCCAAACUCGGGCUUGGAAAGAACCCAAGUCAGGAUUGG